AUGGCUCCAGGUGUUCGACGACCGGUUCGUGUGGGAGGUGCGAGUGGAGGAUUCAGUGAUCGCGUACGAGCUAUAUCGUCUCUGGCCGCGAAUGAAGACGUCGAUGUCAUGGUUGGAGAUUGGCUGUCAGAGAUGAAAAUGACAAUCCACGGCUCCGGCAAACAGCGAAUCCUAAAAGACCUCUCAAGCAAAAGCCAACAAUUCUCCACCCUCGACUUCGAACAACAACUCCAAACCGCCAUGUUCGCCGAGAACUUCAUGGACUGCUUCGAGCCCGCCAUCGACAGCCUCGCCCGACGCGGCAUCAAACUGGCCGUCAACGCAGGGGCAUCCGAUACCGAAGUCCUCGCCAAGCGCGUGCAGCAAAAGGUCAAGGACAAAGGCUACAAUCUCAAAGUCGCGUGGAUCGAGGGCGACGAGCAGACGGAUAAUGUGAGGAAAUUGAUCAAGCAGGGCGAGACGUUCGAGUCUUUGAUGCAUGGGCGCAAGAUCCAGGAUUGGGAGCAGGAGAUUGUUUGUGCGCAGUGCUACCUUGGUGGGCUGGGGAUUGCGGAGGCGUUGAGGCAGGGGGCGGAUAUUGUCAUCGCUGGGAGAGUUGCAGAUGCUGCGCCGACGAUUGGAGCUGCCGCUUGGUGGCAUGAAUGGGACAGUAGCCAGUUGGACGAGCUCGCCGGGGCUCUCGUUGCCGGUCAUCUGAUCGAAUGUUCGGCCUACGUAACCGGAGGUUACAUGUCGUCCUUCAAAGACCUUUUGAAGCAAGGCAAGCAUCUCAACGUUGGUUUCCCAAUCGCAAGUGUGGAUCAUCGUGGGCGCAUUACCAUCACCAAGGAGAAGAACACGGGCGGAUGUGUGACGGUCGACUCAGUUACCAGUCAGCUCCUCUACGAGAUCCAAGGUCCCCUGUACUACAACAGCGAUGUGGUAGCGCAGCUUGAAGGUAUCAACAUCGAACAGGUCGGCGAAGAUGAAGUCUUCGUGAGCGGUAUUCGUGGCCUUCCUCCUCCAGAUACCACCAAAGUCGGCAUCAGUGGAUUCGCAGGUUGGCAAGCCGAAUAUCACAUCUACCUCGCCGGCCUCGACAUCGACGAGAAGUGUCAGUUGGCGGAAGAACAGAUCCGGUAUGAACUGGGCGAGGAGCGCCUCAAGAAGUUUAGUUGUCUCAAGUUCAUGCGCAAUGGAGACUCGCCGAUCGAUGCCAGGAACCAGGACAUCGCCACGGUGGACUUCCGCAUCUUCGCGCAGUCGAAAGACCGCGAGCUGUUGAACAUGAGAAAUCCAGAAGGCUUCUUCCGAAUCAGCAUGGUUAACUUCCUGAUGUCAUGUCCAGGCGCGUCGCUGGGAAAUGAUAUGAGACAGGCGGAAGGGAAGCCAUUCUACGAGUACUGGCCGGCUCUUCUGCCGCAAUCUCAUGUCAAUCACCGUGUCCACCUUUUGUUCGAGCCAGAGGCAGGCUCGAAACAAAUCAUUGACGUGCCGGCUCCGACGCAGACUGAGAAACACCAACGCCAGCAGCCAUCGUAUGAGGCAUCAAACCCCGCGAAGCUGGAGGCCUUUGGAGAAACAGUCAGAGGGCCCCUAGGAACGAUCGUGCUUGGACGCUCCGGCGACAAGGCUAGCGACUGCAACGCUGGCUUCUUCGUCCGGCCAUCGCCAAACGAAGAGCUCUGGGACUGGCUUCGAACCGUACUGACAGUGGACAAGAUCAAAGAGCUACUGGGUCCAGAGGAAGUCCACAAGUUCGGCAAACCCGAGUUGCGCGUUGAUCGUUUCGAGAUGCCGCAUAUUCGCGCUGUGCAUUUCCUCUUGCACGAUCAUCUUGACCGUGGCUACGAUUCCUGCUCGACAUAUGAUACGCUUGGUAAGAAUUGCCUCGAGUAUCUGCGAGCUAAGACGGUCGAUAUUCCGAAGAGAUUCUUAGAAUAUGCGACGAUAUAG